GAGGAGUCGGUCAGUCGAUAUGACGUGGAGGGAAAAUUGAACAGCUGAACAGAAGAUGUCCCAAAAUGCAAGGUGGCUGAGCAUCCUCAAAAGGAAAGUUAGGAAAUCACAGGUUGUAGAACCGAAAGAAUAGUUUUGAAACGUCACAGGAGUGAUUACUUUGUAGCGAGAUGGAAAAGCCACCACAAAGUAAACCUUCAUCGUCAUCAGCAAAAGGUGCUGGCUCCACCCUGACAAUGAAUUGGAAUACAAUUGACCUGUUGGUGCAGAAUGUACAAGAAGAAUACUGGGCUAUUAAAAACUUGGUGGACCUUUUGGAAGAUGGUUGCAGUGUCCCAUUCAUUGCCAGAUAUAGAAAAGAGCAGACCAACCACAUGGAGGUUGAUAAGAUUAGAGAGGUCAUUGUCAAAGUGGAUGAACUCAAGCAUGUGCAGACAAAAGUAUCAUCUGCAGUGAAGCAGAUUGAGAAGAGUGGCAAAAUGACGGCCAGGUUAUUGAGUUCCUUCAAGAGUGCUCAGACAGUGGAGGAAGUGGACACACUGUUUGCUCCGUACAAGAGUGGGGCCAAGACCACUCUGGCGGAGCGUGCUAGGAAGCUAGGUUUGGAGCCUGCUGUGGAGAUUGUCCUUCAGAAGCCAGAGCAGUUCCAGCUCCAGAGAUUUGUCAAGCAUGGUGUCAAAGGACUGAGCACCGUAGCUGAGGUGGAGAAGGGUGUCCACCACAUUUUGAUUGACAUCAUUGCCAAAGACAGUAGAGUAGUCAACAAACUCAGAGAACUCGUAAGGAAUGCCAAUGUUACCAUCAGGACGACCCUGAGACAACUCACAGAGGAGAAUCAACACAACAAAGACACCUACUCACUCUACUUUGAUUUCUGCGCAUCAACGAGAUCAAUCAAACCUCAUCAGAUUCUUGCCAUAAACAGAGCGGAUGUUCUGAAAGUGCUCCUGGUCAAGGUGGUCAUCCCGGACAGCACAUUGGCGGCCUUCAAGACACACUGCCGGGUUCAGUGGGUGCCCAGGAGAGCCUGCCCAGAGCUGGUGAUCAAGCUGUUCCAGUCCUCCAUCGAUGAGGCUUGCAGUAAGCGUCUACUACCCAUGAUCAUGAGAGAAAUCAGAUCCAACUUAACCAAAACAGCUGAGAAGGCAUCAGUGGACGUCUUUGCUCAGAACCUGCGGCGUCUCCUCCUGACUCCACCAGUCAGGGGAAAGGUCAUCAUGGGCGUUGACCCUGGCUUCAAGCACGGCUGCAAGGUGGCAGUCACAUCACCAUUAGGUCAGAUUUUAGAAACUGGUGUAGUAUAUCUCCAUGGCAACCGAGGAAGGGGAGAUUUCCAGAAGAUUGUAGAAAUGGCAAAGAAACAUGGGUGUGAGACGAUAGCCGUGGGCAACGGUACUGCCUGCAGGGAGACAGAGAGCGUCCUGUCCAAACUCAUCACUACCAAAGCCUUCGGUCAUCUCAACGUCAUGUACUGCAUUGUAAAUGAGGAUGGUGCGUCUAUUUACAGCGUGUCUCCUGAAGCUGAGAAGGAAAUGCCCAACAUGGACCCUAACCUCAGAAGUGCUGUGUCAAUAGCAAGACGACUCCAAGAUCCCUUGGUUGAACUUGUCAAGAUAGAGCCCAAACACAUUGGGGUUGGCAUGUACCAGCAUGAUGUUCAUGACAAAUUUCUGAAGGAAGCACUUGAUGGAGUGGUAGAGGAGUGCGUCAGCUUUGUGGGUAUUGAUCUGAAUGUCUGCUCAGAAAGUCUUCUAAGGAAAAUUGCCGGCUUGAAUGUCACAAGGGCCAAGAAAAUCAUUGAAUACCGGGAAAAGCACGGCGGGUUCACAAACCGAGAGCAACUCCUGGAGAUCAAAGGACUAGGACCCAAGACCUACCAGCAGUGUGCUGGGUUUGUCAGAGUCCGGCCAGAGUCCGCAAGCAGUGAAACACAGAGUUCAGUCUGUGAUCUUACAACAAGUGAUUACGAAGAUACCAGUUCUGGAUCCAAGAGAAAAGCAACAGGAAGGGCGAAGGGCAAAGGCAAAAAGAGAAAGACUGACCUAGCGCCUAAUCCACUGGAUAUGACCUGGAUACAUCCGGAAUCGUAUGACAUCGCAAACAAGGUCCUAUCAAGGGCUGAUGCAUGUACCAGUGACAUUGGGACCAACGUUAUGAAAACCAAACUACAAAGGUUACUGCAAACUACAAGUCUGGGGAAACUUGCCAAAGAUCUGGAUGUAGGUGAACCAACGAUGAAGCUUAUCAUAGAUGGUCUCCAGCAACCUGUGGGCUAUGACAUCAGGGCAGAAUAUGACCAACCCCUGUUCAAGAGAAACCUGCAGUCCAUCUCGGACCUCAGCAGCAGUCAAGUACUGACCGGUCGCGUCACCAAUGUGACUCACUUUGGUGCCUUUGUGGACAUUGGUGUCGGCCGCCACGGGCUCAUCCACAACAGCAAGAUGAGGAGGGACUACUUGAAGCAGGGUCAGCCCCUGGGCCCCGGGGACAAAGUGGAGGUACAGGUGCUGUCCAUCCAGAGGAACCAGGACGAGUCUAAGACACGGAUCUCGCUGGAGCUGAGCCGACCGGUGCAAUGAGGCUGAUAAUCAGGAAGAUUUAUUGUAGACCUGUCCUGAAGUUUCUUUCUCAAAACCUUGUAUACUUUUUGAAGACAUACUGUCAGUGCUCUUCAGCAGAUUUGGUUUUACUCUCGUAUCAAAUCUUGGUCCGAGACUUUUAUUUUUUUACCAAAAAAAGAACUGCUUUUGUGUUGUUUGGGCAUCAGUUAAAAGCUUUAUAUUUUUGUUUGCUUAUGCACACGAACAAAUCUGCUUCAAAGUAGACUGGUUCCUGGUCCCUAUAUAUUCUGUUCGGAUGAUGGGUCUGGAACCAGUUCAGCCUGCAGAAACUGAAUGAUCGUAAUGAUUUGUA